AUGUUGUCCGCUCAGCAGACCGCGAGCCAGCAGCCUGCGGACUCUGGAGGGACGCUGCAGUACCAAGGCCUCGAGGGCGCCACCCCGCGUCCAGCUUACGACUCGCAGACGCAGCCCGACAGCUUCGGCGAGCCCUUAGCGCUGGACACCACCCUGGACACUCUGCCCAAUGACGAGCCCGUGCCGAGCGCCGAGCCUUCCCCUGCCUCGCUGCUGGAGUCGGACGACGAUGAUGACGGUCGAGACGCAGCCGAGCCCAUCGUCAAGCUCGAGAGCGAGGCAGCCCAGCCCAUCGUGGUUGCCGAGGCCGAGGAAGCUGACGAAGUCGGUGACGGCGCUGCUGCAGUGACGCAGCCUGCGGUCGUCGAGGCUGCCACUCCCCCUCGCAAGGGCUCAAUUCCUGAUGUGCCUGAAACGUCAGACGAGGAGAACGGGGGGGACACGGUAUCAGCGGAGGACGAUGAGAUGUACAUGAUGCAGCAGGAGGAGAAGUUGAACCAGAUGAAGAGGCGAGUCGAGAUGAUUGCGAAGAAGAUCGAUGCUCGUUCGACUCGGAGACGCGUGGCAGUGCCGAAGGCGGAUGCGAGUACAGCUAAGGUGGCGGAGCCCGCCGAGGCGGCCGCGGCCGCGGCGAGCGGCGCAGAGGGCGAGGUCGGCGCCAUCGCAUCGACUGGCGGCAACGAGGCCGACAGCGACGACGCUACGCUCGCACAGGUGCUCGAGGAGUCUAAGCGGCAGAGCCAGGAGCACUCGCGCAAGAUCAGCGAGGCUAAGGCGAAGGAGGACGCCGACUUGCAGGAAGCCCUCGCGAUCAGCAAGAUGACCGCCAAGCGCAGGGGGCCGCCUGAGAGUCCGCCCCACCCCAUGGCCAGGUCGUCCAAGGACCCCAUGCCCGUGACCUCGGCGGAGACGCAGGAGAGCGUGGAUCGCGCGCAGGUGUCCACAGGCCUCGCUGCCGACGACACGGCGCUCGCGUCGCCGAAGCCUCGCGAGAAGGCCAGCGCCGCGUUGCAUAUCAACUCCUUCAAGACCAUGUGGCAGGGCGUCGAGGGGAAGACGUUCGACACGCCCGAAAAGGUCAGGACGGUCAGCAAGGUGAAGACCAGCCGCGACGAGUGCGUGGCCAAGGUGGAGUUGCUCCUUCGCGGCGGCGACGUCCCCGACGAGCUGGCGAUCAACGACCUGAUGACGGGCUUCCUGUCAAGCGACUGUCUCGGCGAGCUCUUGCACGCCAAGGGGUUCGACAAGGACACUUUGGUGCCUGCGCCUGGCCAGUUCGAUGACGAGGGCACCUCUGGCGGCAGUGGCGCGGCCGCAGCAGCGCAGGCUCCGAUGACAGAGAAGGAGCGCAAAGAGCACGAGCUGUGGGAGAAGACGAAGCAGAAUGGCUUCGUGUUCGCAGCCAGCGCCAGGAACAACAACCCCAUGGCGAGCCGCUUCGACAGGGCGAAAAAGAAGGACCCCUCCCUCAAGGCGGAGUACGACGCCUACCAGGGCGACGACGAGGGCGCCGAGCGUUUCAGGCGCAACUGGGCGGAGGGCGAGUACAACAAGUACGUCAAGAAGAAGAGCUUGACGACCAGCUUCACCAAGCAGUCGAUCAAGAGCGGGUGGUACCUCCCAAUCGGGAGGGUGGCCCACAAGGAGGGCGGCGGCAAAUUAGGGUGGCUGCAG